GUGUAAAACAGUGUCUAACAAGUCUUAUUUCAAUAAUUGAUGGUCUAAAUUUGAAUAGGCUCACCAGGAAAGCACAACACAUUUGAUUAAUAAAUAUUCAGAAGUUGUUUUAUUCUACUGUAACAGUCUUAUUUUACAAAGUGUCCUAGUUUAGUUCUGGCUUCAAUAACUUAAUUUUUUUUGCAUAGCUCAAUUGCCCAGCAGUGAUUGCGGAAUUUAAUUUGCGGAACUAAGCAUUCAGUUUUUUUUUCAUAAAAAACUAUUCGUUCCCAACAUUUGGCAAUUGCCACAAUAAAUAAAUUAUAUUUAAUUAUAAAUGAAUCUUUUUCAGGUGCUUAUCUAAAGGCAUUCAUAUGAUACAAUCCAGCCAUUACUAUCAUGUCUUCACCCCAGUCUCUGUUUGACCAGUGCAUAUUGUUUAUCGCCUACAAUGUGGACAAGGUCGAGGACUUUGUGGGGUUUCCAUCCCAGAUUGGAGAAAAGAUCUUCAGCACAGCUAUCAUGCAGCCGAGGUUCUUUGAUGAUCGUGAGCACCUAUGUCUGAAUUAUCAUCUAGAAGCCAUAAUAAAAUUUCAGGACCUCCAUUGUCUGGACCUAUCUCACUGUGGUCUAGGUGAUAAUCAUGAACUCCUACAGCACAUAGCGCACCUCUACAGUCUGGAGCAGCUGUGUUUGAAAGGCAAUUCCAUCACUGAUGCUGGCAUUCAAAAGCUGACUAUUCCAUUUAGAAUGUUCAAACAUGGACCCAGCAGACUUUCUGUGGUUGAUCUUUCACGAAACACAGGUGUGUCUGUUCUCUGCCUGAAAUACUUCACCCAGUUUCCCAGACUAACAAGGGUGGUUUUGUCCAAUGGUCCAAGCAGUAAAGUACCAGUGCCUGUGUCUCCGUGGAAAUGCUCAGAGGAAGUCAGGCCAGUCACCAUGGUAAUAGGGACAGAAGGGUGGGCCCAGCCUGUUAUCAAGACUUGGAAGGAGAAUAACGCUCAGAGGCUGAAGAAUCUGAAACCCAAGAAAUCCUCUGGAUUUUAUCGCAGAAAGGUGGAUGAACUAAUGCAUUGUGGGUCAAGAAAAUCAUCCAAUGAAACCAUGGAAGGUUUUAUAGUUGCUGUAAAAGAUGAUGGAGUGACCACUAGCACAAUCGUCAUACCAUAUGCACAGAAUCAUGACAAAAAGAAACAGGUUCAAGACAUUAUUAAAGAAAGCGAGGAUCAUGUAAGCUCUAUUAUGACUAUAUAUGCUGCGUGUCAUGAUGUGAAAGUAUCUCAUGGGCAUGGCCUCUUAGACUCCCUAGAUACUCUGAGAAGUACAGCCACUGUCUCAAUGGAUCAAAGAAGUGUACAACACAGGCGAUCUUGUAGUUCUCCUAUUGGACAAAACACACAUGUUCUCAAUUUGGAAAAUUGUGAAAACAUGCUUAGUUCAAGGAAGGACAUAUUGCCAUGUAACAAAAGUACCAAAGGUGGCAGAGUUUGUAAGAGAUUGAAACCACUGCUGAACAUAUCUGCAGAAGUCAAGGGGAGAACAGUGGAUGGAAAGCAGCAUAGCAGUCUUAUGAAAACUGGAAACCAUUGCCAGCUGAAAUAUGCUCCGCUGCCUGCAGAUGCAAAAUCAACAAAUAUGUCAUGUCAACAAUCAAAUAAAGCAGCGCUAUCUAACAUUGGGACAACGGGUAUGCAAUUUUCAAAGUACACAAAGAAUGAUUGUCAAGAGUUUUUGCCCUUGAAACCAACAUUUAUACCAAAUUUCUUGAAGAGUUCUACCUCCACAGGAAGUGUCAACAUAGAUUCCAUGUGUAAUGAUCAGCCAGCGGAUAGUGAUCCUUCCUGUAAUCCUCAGAAGCAUUUUUCCAAUAUCUCUCAGUGCAAUGUGGAAGUAAAAGAAAAACAGUUGUGUAAAGAUAGGAAACAGUUUGUGCUGUUAGGCAACUCCGAUAUGAACACAAAUAAAUCUCAUUUUGUCUUAAAAUUUGGCGAGGCACAGCAUGGUUUUAAAACAAAGAAAAUUAAUAUGAUAAGUCGGAAACGAACGUUUGAGAAUUAUUUUGAACGGGAUUCAUGUGUAACAAAUGAAAAAAAUCCAGUUCUUCAGGACACUGAUAAUAAAGAAUGUGGAAACAAAUCUGUGAAGAAGCUCAAAACUUCAAUUCUGGAUGCUUUAGAUGCAUACUAAUAAAUACCUUUUGUCCUCGCUAAUCAUUUAUAACAACUUGGAUCAGAUUUUGAUCAUGCAAUAUGUUUGUGAAUUCCGUUUAGAAGUGAAAAUAAAUUGAUAAUCUUGUUCAUUUUAUGGCAAGUUUAAAUGUCAUUGUGUCCAAAUGAUUCAAUUUCGUGUUUUAUGUUUUUGCUACAGCAGUUAUGAAAUUUUGCUCGAGUUGGUUUCUUUUGGUUUUGUGUACAAUGUAUGUAUCAGUUAAAUAAUUUUAAUACGCAGCAAAUAAAAUAAACUGUGUACGGCAAACUUAAUUCUACAUUGUUAUGAUAUUAUUUUUUGAAUUUUGUGAAAAAUAAUCUAUGACUGUGAAUACAUGUACAAAAUUGUUAAAA